ACUGAGUUGCCCACAAAACCAUGGGCAGUUUCUAAAAUCAGCCUUCGCAAAACCAUCCGCUCAAAACCGGCUGCUCCACCCUCUGUAUCUCUCUCUUUCUAUUCCCUUUCCGUUCAUUGCAUUCUCUCUCUCUCUACCUAUAUCUACAUCGUUUCAGAAGAAUAAAAUAAAAUAGAUAGAGGAGCAUUGCAAGAUUCGUACAAUCACACAACCACAAGGCGGUGUAAUAAGGAUGAUAGUAAAGGAUGAAGAGGGGAGAUUUCGAUUGUGGGCAAUGAAAAAGAUCCCACAAAUACAAGGGGCCAUCCACUACAACGAUCCCGACUAACAAGGUGAGUUCGAUUUCCCACCAGUCUCUCUUUUCCUUUCUCUGUAAUUAAUACCCCUUUCUGGAAAUAAAUACAAGAAGAGAGAGAGAGAGAGAGAGCUUCAUUGAAAUGGAAGCGAAUGGGAUGGGUGGAGGAAUGAUGCCGGGCAUGCCAUCAGGAAUGCUGGGUCUAGACAUGCCUCUUCAUCAACAUCAGCAGCACCAGCACCAGAUUGUGUCGUUCGCGACAGACCAUCAAUCCCAGACUCAGCAGCAGCAGCAAGCAAAGCACCCUUUUGCGUACAAUCCCAAAGGAAAACAGCAGCAGCAGCAGCAGCAGCAGCAGAUGACGGUAUUGAGCGAUGAGGACGACCAGGACGGCGACACCCAAUCCGGUGGAGCCAGUAAGCGGGUCGGGGCCUCCCCGUGGCAGCGAAUGAAGUGGACAGACAGCAUGGUUAGGCUUCUGAUCAUGAUGGUGUACUAUGUUGGUGAUGAUGGAGGUGGUGCUGCAACCGAAAAUGACCCGGUUGGAAAGAAGAAAGGCGUUAGUGGUGGUGGGCUGCUGCAGAAGAAGGGAAAAUGGAAAUCAGUGUCGCGGGCGAUGAUGGAGAAGGGAUUCUACGUAUCGCCGCAGCAGUGCGAGGACAAGUUCAAUGACCUGAACAAACGGUAUAAGCGGGUGAAUGACAUCUUGGGGAAGGGGACGGCAUGUCGGGUGGUGGAGAAUCAGAGUCUCCUCGACACCAUGGAUCAGCUCUCUCCCAAGAUGAAGGAGGAGGUACGAAAGCUCCUCAAUUCCAAACAUCUCUUCUUUCGUGAGAUGUGUGCCUAUCACAGCAGUAGCAGUGGAGCAAAUGCCGGUGGCGUCACCUCUGCUGUUGGGCUAGAUCAGUCGUCUCAACAGCAGCUCCAGCAGCAGCGAUGCUUCCAUUCUUCGGAAAGCAUUGUUGCGUCUGCUGGGAGGAGAGAAAGAGGGGGUAGAGAAGAGGAAGAGGAGGAGAGGGAUGCGGAAGAGGAGGAAGAAGAAGAUGAUUACGAUGAUGACGAUGACGAAGAAGAUGAGGAUGAAAUUGGAGGAGAUGGGGGUGUCAUUGGCAAUGAACAGAGAGGGUGUCAUGGGCACGAAGAUGAAAAGGGGCUGCUAUCGACACCACCCUCUAACAAGAGACAGAGGCCUUGGUCGAAAUCGUCAUCGUCGAUGCAGCAGCUGAGCUGUGAGUUGAUGGGGAUGAUGCAGGACGGAACGAAAAGCCCAUGGGAACAGCGGCAGUGGCUGAGGAACCGGGCGGCGCAGCUGGAGGAGCAGCGGGUGGGGUACCAGUGCCAGGCGUUCGAGCUGGAGAAACAGAGGUUAAAGUGGCUGAAAUUCAGUGGGAAGAAGGAGAGGGAGCUGGAGAGGCUGAAGCUGGACAAUGAGAGGAUGAGGCUGGAGAACGAGAGGAUGGUGCUGCUGCUCAGACACAAGGAGCUGGAACUGGACCUUCACUCCAGGAGACCCGACCACCCUUCUUCUAUCACUACUGGAUAAUACUACAACUAGGAGAAUAGAUUUCCAUUCCAUUUGCUGUUUUCUUUUGUUUUGCCACUGGCUUUUAGCUAUUUCAGGCAUUCUUUUUAUUUUGUUGUAGUUCUUCCGUCUU